GGAUAUGUUACAUUGUAAUUUCAUAAGGGCGGAGGAAAAUGUCUUAUUAUUUUUUCAUUUAAGGUGAAGGGCAGAUCCUGUCUUCACUAAACCUGUUGACUAUGCUUAACUCACAGAUACAGGACAUGCCGAAGAGGUGUCAGGAUAUUUGCACACUUAGUAAAUCACCCAACCCAUCACUGCUCCAACUGGAGUGUUCCCUAACCACAGAAAACUUCAUUCAAACUUUUAAGAUGCAGAUUUAGCUUCUGGAUUUAACAUAAAAUGUAUAGCUGUUAUCAUGGCAACCAGUGCAGUCCCUAGCGACAACCUCCCAACAUAUAAACUGGUGGUUGUGGGAGACGGAGGUGUGGGCAAGAGUGCUCUUACCAUCCAGUUUUUCCAGAAGAUUUUUGUGCCAGAUUACGAUCCUACUAUUGAAGACUCCUACUUGAAACACACAGAGAUUGAUGGCCAGUGGGCGAUUUUGGAUGUUUUAGACACAGCUGGUCAAGAGGAAUUCAGUGCCAUGCGAGAGCAGUACAUGAGGACUGGUGAUGGUUUCCUCAUUGUGUUCUCUGUGACGGACAAGGCCAGCUUUGAACACGUUGACCGCUUCCACCAGCUCAUCCUACGAGUAAAAGACCGGGAGUCUUUCCCCAUGGUCUUGGUGGCCAACAAAGUGGACCUGGUGCAUCUGAGGAAAGUGACAAACGAACAGGGUUGUGAGAUGGCUGCCAAACACAAUAUUACCUACAUUGAAACAAGUGCCAAGGAUCCCCCAAUGAAUGUGGACAGAGCCUUUCAUGAACUGGUCAGAGUUAUUAGACAACAAGUUCCAGAGCGGAGUCUGAAAAAGAAGAAAAAGAUGAAGUGGCGUGGAGAAAGAGCCAUGAAUUCCCACAAGCUUCAUUGUGUGAUGUUGUGACUACCUCUCCUGUUGAAAUUAUCAGUGUUUGGCAUGAUAAGCUGCCACAGAAUAGAAUGGAUCUGAAUGGAGAUCUGCACUAAUUGGAGGACCACAGACUUGGGUAUCAAAAAACUCAUAUGAAGUCAGACAAUCUCUUCCUGUCUCAGGGAUAUUAGGAGAUUCAAGGGAUCACUGCACUCAGCCAGGCCAAGGAGGAGCUAACUGAAUAUCCUGAAAGAGACACAGUGUCCUAACCAGCCAGGACACAUCAAGUAAUAUACCUGUCCUCAGUGAAAGCAAAAAUGCUGCACGAAGCAACAAAAUCACAGCCAAUCAGAACCUGACUGAUUUUGAAUAGAUACAUAUGUUAAGCUGGAUUUUGGACUAUUGAGAUUUCACUGUGGGCAGGGCUUCCCAGUGAGACGAAAGUGUGACAAAAUGUCACACGUUAAUUGUUGCAGUCGUGGUCGGUUCAUAAAAACUUGGCUUACAUGGAAUCGUACAUUUAUCAAUUAAAUCGGUGGAGUAGCUCCACUUCUAGUUACUAGUAAGUGUUCCUACUGCACAAUAGCAUCCAACUGUAUCAGUAGGCGGAUAACAUGAGGUCCACAUACAUUUUCAUUGGUUCAUUGCUGCAUCAUGUUGCUAUUCAUUUAACUCAGUUAAACUGCUCAAAUUUACUGCAUCUCCAAUGGUCAUUGUCGCUCAUGCUGCCUCAUAACCAACUCUUAUUGACUUCCAAUCACUUUGUUUCUUUGUGAAUGUACCUUUAUUGCUUUAUCAUGUUGUGUGGGGUUAGGACACGGUGUGAGAAUUUGCACAUGGACAGCGUUAGGGCUGAAACGAUUAGUCGACGUUAUCAACAGCGUCGACAAUAAAAAUUGCCGACAUAAAUUUUCGUUGUCGAAUAGUCAUUUGAUCUCAUUUAACAUAACACGAGAUCACAUUAAACUGUAAUGAUGACGCGUGAGAGCAGCACUGCAGUUCGUGCCUGACUGAGGAGAGGAAGAAAACAGCUCACCGUCCAGACACACUCUAAACUUUCCAAACAGCUUCAGGUGAUGUAGCUCACAAAGUAUGAGGGAAUAAUAAAAACUAAGUAAAUACAGAAGCACUCUUGUUGUGAAAUAAGCAGAGCUGGAGCUGCUGCUCCAUUGAAGCAAAACUUGUGUGUCGAGCAUCUUUAAAGGAAACACCCUGGCAUUACAUCUUUAAUGCAGUUAUAUUUAACGCAUUAUAGCUUUAUUAAAGUUCAAAUAAUAAGGAAGCAGGUCAUGUAAAUAACUACAAACUCUGAAACUUGCAUUUCUCUGUGUGUUCAGUGCCUCUUCUAUGAGUUGCACAAAUGUCCUGAUCUAAGGGGGAGAGAUUGAAACUGCACCCGGCGUGCUUGCUGCAGCUAAAUUAUAGCAUGAUGGCUCGUGAUUUAUUGAAUCAUAAUAUAUCAUAAUAUAUGUGUCACUGUGCAUUUCUUAUUGUGAAGAAAAUUGGCAAUACACAGCUUUAUUAAUAAGAGAGAGGUUUUUUUUUUUUUUUUUUUUUUUUUUUUUUUUUUUUGUGAGUUAAAGAUGGAUUGAACUGAACAGAAAGGUGAGAGAGGGUAGUCUUUGCCCCAUUACACACUGCAACAAAAUACGCUUUUGAUUUGUUUUUGUUUUGGCUUGUUUUCCAAAAAUAAUAUCUAAAACUCAUUUAAAACAACAUACAUUUACUUUAGCAGCUAUACUGCAAAUAAAAGAUGUUAAUCUGAGAAUGUUGAAUAUAAUAUUAAAGAUACAAAUAUUUUAAAAUAUCUAAAAUCCUUUAAAAAAAGAUGCAUUCACCUGAGAAGCAGCAUAUAAGAUAUUUAGAUAUUCAGAUAUUUAGAAAAUAAGCAUAUUUUGUCCUUACUGAACUCACAGAAGUAUAACAAAGUGAAAAAAUACACUUAUAUACAAAAUACAUUAUAUUUAAGAUACAUUCUCUUAAAGCAAGUCAAAAUAUAUUAUAUGUUGCUUCUCAAGUAAAUGUAUCUUUUUUUUAAGGAUUUUUAGACGAUUUUAAAUGGAAAAAAAGACAAAAACACUUGAUAACAAUAGGAUUUUUUGCAGUGAAUUGUUUUUACUGAAUUAAAUUUCAUAAAUAUUUUUUUCCCUUUAAUUCAAUGAUUGUCAUUUAGAGGUAUUUUUAAAAGAUGAUUCUGUCCUCUGUAUUGUUAGCAAGCAUGUUUAAUACAAUCUUUUAAGUCGGGGCACACGCUGAAUAGUUGGUUAAGAGCCUAUGAUUAAUCAUUGCAAUAAUCGCAGAAUAGUCGAAUAAUCAUUCUAAUAAUCGUUAGAUAUGUUGAAUAUCAAAAUAAUUGUUAGUUGCAGCCCUAGACAGUGUUAACAUUCCACAUAGGAUAGGGACAUUGUUUCUAUAAGUUCUAAAACAAAGAUUAAAAUCUGCCUUAAUAAUGAA